CUCAAAAUAUCUUUCAAGUUCCAUCUCAUGUACUUUUUCUAUUUGUUUGCAUUCUUCUAUUUCUUUCUUUAUUCUUAUUUGUUUUGUCCAUAGCUAUGGUAACAGAAUUAAGCACAAUGCAUAAUCACAUUCAUGAAUACCCUCUUCCUUGUUUAUAUUGUCAUCCACAUAGCUAUAUUAGGAUGGUUCAUAAUCUCAUAGAGAGAUGCUUGAUCUUUCAAAUGAGUCAAGACCAAUGCAUAAAGACAUUAUCAGAACAUGCAGGGAUUGAGCCACUUGUUACUCUUACAGUGUGGAGAGAGUUGCAAAAGGAGAAUGAGGAGUUCUUUAGAGCAUACUUGCAACAAAAUAUACCUCAGAGGCCAUUCAUGACCUUGGCGUGCAAUUGAGUUAUGAAAAAUACCAACUAUGGGGAUUUAGCAAAGUGGAGUUGAAUUUAGAUUCUCAAGUUGUGGUGCAAGUGAUUAAAAAUAAGAGGCUGAAUAGUUUGAUGGGGAGUACUAGAGAUGGAUUGGGAAGUUGAAGUUACACGAGAGACAAACAAGUGUGUUGAUAUUUUGGCUAAUAUUAGUUGUUCUCUUGAUCAUGCGAUCAUGACAUAUGAUGUUUAUCCGGAUCAACUUAGUGAGCUUUAUGCUGCGGAUUGUCUGGGAAUUUCUACCCCUAGAAUGAUCCUUGUGUAAAUCUUUUUUUUUUGGUUUAGGCUCUCAUCAUUAUAAAAAAUAAAAUAUCAACGGUCUAAAAAUAAAAUAGGCUUAAAUGCACUUUUGGUCCCCUUAUUUUUAAAAAAAUGAAGUUUUCAUCCCCUAUUUUAAAAACCAACUUUUUGAUCCCCAAUUUUAAUUUUUUGUUAGUUUUGGUCCCCCACUUCAUUUUAGAGUCAUUUUUGCUGAUGUAGCCUAUUACUAAUGACGUGGCAGCGUCUAGUGGACAAUUUAUUACAUGUCAUUAUUAAAAUUUUAAAUUUAAUAAUUUAUUUUUAAAAAAUAAUAAACAUUUAUGUGUUCAUCAUGAUCUUCAAUAUUGUUUAUCGUGUUUGUCAUCUUCUUUGUCAAUAAACCCAAAAUUUUCAAAUACCACCUUCAUCAAAAUCAAUAAACUCAAACAAAAUUAUCUUCAAGAAACCUAAACCAUCUUUAUCAACUCAAAAAAUCUAAAUCCCCACAUCUAUACCCUAAAUUUUUCAAAUCUUGAAAAAUCCCAAAAUUCCCUCAUUCACAAUCUGAUUAUCAAUUCCCUCAUUCGACCUAACCCAACCCAGGGGUCGACACCUCACGCAUUUGGGAACCUGCAUAUAUCCCCACAAUUUUAGGUUCAAUUUUUCAGCAUAUAUCCACAAGUUGGUUGUUUGAUUAAAAUGCAUACUUCUUUAAUUUGGGUGCUCUAUCUACUAUACUGUGCUUACUUCUUUUUUUCCUCAAAGAUCAAUUGUAUGUUUGAUGGUAUAUUAAAAAUUUGUAUGUUUUAGGUUUCUAGAUGAUGAUUUUGUUUUGUUUGAGAUUGAUUUUGAUGAAGGUGUUUUCUAAAAAUUUGGGUUUAUUGAUAAAGAUGAUGAUGAACAAUGAAGAUCAUGAUAAACACAUUAGAUGUUUAUUAUUUUUUAAAAUAAAUUAUUUAAUUUAAAAUUUUAAUAAUGACAUGUAAAAGAAAUUUGUCCACUAGGCGCUGACACAUCAUUAGUAAUAGGGUCACAUCAGCAAAAUUGACUCCAAAAUGGUGUGGGGGACCAAAACUAACAAAAAAUUAAAAUUGGGGGAUCAAAAAGUUGGUUUUUAAAAUAGGAGGAUUAAAAUUUCAUUUUUUUUAAAAUAGGGGGACCAAAAGUGAAUUUAAGUCAACAAAAUAUUAAUAUUUAUAUAUAUAUAUAGAUUUGGCACGAGUUUUUUUUAGCUUAUAAUCAAAGUCUUUGAUUUGAUCUCUACCUUGGACAUGUAGUAGCAUUAAAAUUUUUAGGAAGGAUUUGCCGCCCAUUUGAAUUCCAUAAGACUCGGAGGAUUAGCCUCUGUAAUUGCGCACAAAAGAUAUCUAGUUUAUGUAAA